AUGAUAUCGUUUCGUGUGGCUCUGCUGGUAAUGAUUACUUUGUAUCAAAUUGCCAGUAACGAUUUUUGGUCGCAAAGAAGAUGUUGCGCCAAUGCUGAACAACCUACAACAACCGCCGAGGCAAAGCGCGAAACUAAGUCUCUCGUAGAAAUUGCACUUCGUAGAGUCGCAAACGUCGAGCGACAGCUUCAAGAACGAAAUGGCACUUGUGACAAGGUUGAUUUACUGAACAUAACUUUUGACGAAAGGAGAUGGAGGCAAGAAGCUCUUUUGACGGUACAAGUGGCUAACCUUAUGACAUCGCUGUGGCGCUCGCGCGGAAGAGACGGUGAUCCCAUUGGAGCUAACGACGCGCUUCUGUACCACUACGUGCGCUCGAUCGUUUUAUUUUCGCCGUCUGUCUUCGGUUCAGUGAUUUGCUUUGACAACUAUUUGUACAAGAACUACACAAGAUUUUGUCCCUAUGCAUUCAGGGAUCCCGAGUUAAAAAAAAGUGUUCAUGUCAUAGAUAUAGUUUCGGCGAGUCAAGGUUAUGACUACACGACGGACGAAAAUGCGAUUUGGUGGCACAAACCUAAAAAAAAAGCACUUACUUUCCGUCCCGAGAGCAUCACAAGCUAUUAUGAAGUACGAUACAACUUAACCCACACGGAUGAUAAAAAAAAACGGGUCUUCCCGCAAGUGACAUUUGAAGAUGGGGCAUGGACGCGACCUUAUUUCGACUGCUUUGGGGGAAAGGUUUGGAUGGUGACCUAUCUCGCUCCUUUUUACAACGAAACGGACGACUUCCUGUGAGUAUCAUAACCCAAGCUAUUUGUUUCAAGUCGUGCUAUUUGUGCGCAUUUCUCAUUUUCAAAAUUUAGAGUGAAGACAUAACGCAGAGAGGAUUGCUUCGGAUGAGUUAUUCGCUUAUUUCACACAUUUUUUAAAAUUUUUAGAAGCAUAUUCCCCCAGUUUUUUUCUUGUCUCGGUGACGCAGUCGAGUUACACCGAUAGCAGUAUAAGCUGUCUUGAAAAAAAUUGUUAUAGAACAAUGUGAAGGGUACACCUCCAUUAUGGUUUGUUUGAUUUUACAUAAUAUUUUGACUGACAUUUUGGAAUUAAAAUUAUUUGUGCAGGUUUUCCUUUUUGAAUAAUGAAUAAUGGAAUAAUAAUUGAAUAAUCGAGUCUUACAUUUCUGCCCGUUUUCCCCCUUUUCUUUUCUAUAUACUGCGCCACUUUUUUCUCGCAAUAUUGAAUUCUAUACCAGAAAAGCUGUCGGAACCAUAUUCUUUACAACCUUCGAAGCGAAGAAAUUUUAAUAUUUGUAAACCCAAAUUAAGAGCUGUGUCACUUUUAUAGAAAAUCCUGACACUUCUCUUCGUACAGAUUGGACUGCAUCAAAUUAGAACGAUCCGGCUGAGCGACACAACUAAUAUUGCUAAUAAAACAUUUGAAAAUUAACAAUUGAAAAUUAAAACUUAAAAAAUGGUGUUUCUUGGCGAGAGAGACUUGGUUUACAAGUGCUCACCAUCUGAUGAUAAAGACCAAUGCUACAAUGCAAUGAAACAUUAUCUUUGAAAGCAAACCUCAUCAAAAACAAAAUUCUGAGUUGGAUAAACAAGUUGUUAUUCACGUUCUAUAUUCCAUCAUCUACGUAAAUACGUUGAACUGAGAUGGGCAGGUUAGACGUGAAUAUGACACAACCAUUGUUUCUUUAAUAUAACAGUCUAUGUUAAAAAACAUUGUGUGCUCCAUUAGAUUGCAUACGAUUAGCAACUCGUACUUUUUAUCAAAAUGUAAAUUACUAGACUAUUCAAAGAUAAGCUAUAGUUUGCUGGGCAUUAAGACAAAGUUUAGUAAUCCUUGUUCUUGAAUUGAGAAAGACUUCACCAUUUGUUACAACUCCCGUUUUGUUCUAUUUUUUUUUCAAUUUUAAGACAUCGGCUAAUGACUUUAUAGUUCCGAGAAAUCAGCAUUUACAAGUUUGGCACUUAGUCGUUUGAAGUCAUUAUGAAAAUGAUGUGCUCUCCCUGAUUGCGUACAUUUCCUCUCACUAUUAUUAGAUAUCCAAAAAAAUUACCAACCGAACUUUGCCUAAAGAAAUAUCACUGACUUGAUGUGGUGAUAUUGAUGCCAGUAGUCUAUAUUACAAUAAAAGGUAAAAAAAAAUAAUAAGAGAAACGAAAAACACGCGAAAUUAAAAAAAUGAGAUGACAUAACUAAUAUUUACCUUAGUUUCGGUUGGCACCUGGUGUCAUCACGUCAAAUUGUAAAUAUACAAAUAUCGUCUUUCAUUUUUCUACACCUGGCAACGAAACCAUAUUUGCAUUUCUUUCGAAAGUAAACAAGUGUUAUCCCACCAGUUAAAAACUACCACUAAAAAUCGAUCCUUUAGGUAAAUUGCUCUUUUUAAGUCCAACAUUUCAUGUCACUAGCACUACGCAUGCUCCCAAUCAUUGUCGCAUUGUACCAAGACAUUAUAUUUAGCAAUAUAGAUAUAGAUAGGUUUUAGUGCGUUUAAGGCCCUGACAAGAGCGGUUAAGAAGAAAAAUUUAUAAAUUGUAAAAUUAAAAAUAAUUAAAAUUAAUAAAAAUUAUACUUUUGGUCGAGCAUAUCCAUUUAGAGCACUUUCUGGUUGAGUUUAUUAAAACCAAAACCAGACUAAUAACAACGACUAAUCAGAGGAGAGGAAAGAAUCGCCAAGAGCUAAAGAGAUCUCAAUGUAAAACGAACCAAACUACGCGGAAAACGCGUGCGACCACGUCGGUUUAAGUUUUACUUCUAAUUGGUCGAGAGGGUAGCGAAGAUUUCUGGACCAAUCACACAACGAAGUAAAGCAAAACCAAUUCAAUUCCGGAUUACUUUCGGUACUCAGUUGAAAAUUGUUCUACAUGACCAUCAUUUUUCCUUUUUUCCUUUUCCUUAAGGCGAACAUUUUUUAAUAAAAAAAAAAAAUUAAAAAAAAUUCAUACCUUUCAGUCCAAUUGGUGUCACGGUAUAAUUUAAUCCACAGAAAGACCACUAGAAUCCAACAGACUCAACUACUUUCUUAAACGAGAAUUGUGAUAUUCAUAAGAAAAAAGGAAUCCUAAAGGCAGUACAGUAAUUAUCCUUAAUAAACUUACUUAAGCCUAUUACAAUCUAUUUCUUAGCUCACCACUCACACAAACUCACAGUUGUCUCCAGAGUUCCUUGAAAUGAACAGUCUUGUACAGUAGCUCUCUCUUAGUAUAUAGCUUUCUAAACAGUCGGUCACUCCCGAUUAUCACAACAACAAUUAGUACUACACAACUGAAUCCUUAACACACUUACAAGUUAUUCUGGAUCCUUACAACACCACUGUUUUAGUAGUUUUACUUCACUACCACAUGACCUAAUGGAAUGCUCCAGAUAGUUCCAUGGCGUGCAUAACAGCAUGGCUAAGAAUUCUAGAAAUUUCUAGAUAUUUAUCUUACAGGCAUUAUCCAUAACAUUAGUGUCUCUAGCUAUCAUUGUUUUAUGGUUUCUAGGGGUGUGGUCAGUAUCGAUGUGGUACUUAGCGACAUUGACAUUAACCAGUGUGACGAGCAGGAGUCCUCUGAAUCUGAUGAUGGAGUGGAGAAAGGACUCGGAUAUGCAUCUGAUAAUUUAAUGGAAUUCAUGGGUACUCAUCUCUGCAAGAAAUCAACAGAGGUAAGAGUCUUAUUUCUAGAAAGGUAAAAAAAAAUGUAAGCAACGAUUUAGCUCUGGUUUAUAUGACUGGAGACUGGAGAUCGAGGUCAAGGUUUGAGAAUUGGCUAGGUAAUGGCGUUUUGUUCUUGGACAACAAAGCAUUCUCUUUGCCUGGAAUUAAAGAUGGGUAGCAGUAAAUUAGUAGGAAAACCUAAAGAAAAAUCCAUAAAGACAGAUUAUGGACUGGCAUUCAAUCACGAAGGAGUAGGCAUAUAUUCCGCCUCAAGCGACAAAAACCGGGAUAGGCUCUGACUGGCGUGAGGCAUUUGGCUCAAGAGUAGACUCCUUUUUUACCUGUGUGUAAUGCUAGUAAGAUGAACUGCUCAAGAUUGACCAAGAGAACAUAAACUGGGGAUGGGAAUAAGUUCUCUCGGUUUAUAUUCUCUUGGAUUGAUCUAAUACGAUCACUGACUGGGAAGGACAAGUACACGAAAAGAAAACUGCAUCUUGGUAACGGCUACCGCUCUUAUUGCGUUUCUUAAAACAGUGUCAAGCAAUCCAUAAUCAAGGAUUCAAGCGAGGGAGCUACAUAUGCACAUGUAAGCGAGGCUUUUACUUCCCUGACAGUCACGCGUCUGUGAAGGCUUUUAACGGAACCCUCAUUGAGCGCCAACACGAUCGAUAUCUACGAGGCGACCCAAACUCUUACGAAGAGGACUUCGAAUGCAUUCGUUGCAGUGUUGGAUGCGACGAGUGUGUUGACGACAAACCAUGCGUUUACAGCUCUAACAGCUAUAUCCGUUUACCGCUGUUUUUUCUAAAUGCACUCGUUAUAUGUGUGGCUGUAGCAUUUGCUGUAUGCGUGGGAUUACACUGGAAUGACAGGGUAUGUUAAAUUUACUAUUCUCUAUUUGGAGAAGCAGACAGAUUUUGUGCAGCAGCGUUAUAAAAAAAGAAUUAUUCGCAUUGAAAUAAUUAAUACGAUCAGGUUUAAAAAUUAGCUUCUCCAGAACUUGUCUUUGUUUUGUUUUGUUUACUUUUUUCUCGGUGUGUCGCUUUUUUUUUGUUUUCAGAUUUUCAAGGCCUCCAGCCCGCGCUUCAUGGAAAUAAUAUUGUUGGGCGCCAUGUUAAUGUACUCAAAGGUAAGCAUUCUCCUUCAUAAUUGUGUCUUUAUAACCUUGUUAUUCCGCUGUUGUUUUUAAGCGUGGUUAUUUGCGUCUAUUUCCAGCUCAUCGUUUCAUACUUCAAACCUUCAAGCCUCCGUUGUAUUGCACGACCCUGGUUGCGUCAUAUUGGAUUCGUUCUGGUGUAUGGAUCUUUGGCACUUAAAACAUGGAGGUAUGUAUGUAUUUUUCAUUUCGCGAAGUAGUUUUCUAUGGAGAAGUAAACAGGCUCACAAACAAACGAGUUGGCGAAAGUAAAAUGAAAGACUAUCAGGCAGACAGGAAAACUGAGAAAACAGCCUGAGCCAAUAGGAGGUUCUCAUCGGGGUUAACUGUCAGCCGUAAAACGGCAAAAAAAUUUAGCAUUUAGGCGCAGAAACUGAAAAAUUUUAUAGGUUUGUCAGAAAAAAAAGUUAACGGUAAAAACUUCUCUCUUAACCGUCACGUAACGAAAUUAACUGCUAGCUGUAAAAUUGUGAAACUUUUAAUCAUUAGCCGCAAAAAGCCAUUGAUCCAUUGCCACCCCAGAUAAAGACAAGCCCGAGGAAAGCGGAAGGACCUGUCUGUCUCACAAAUAGAAGACAGACAUAUGAAUAGACAAAUUAACACAAAAAGACUGAUGCUAGUUCUUUGCAGGGUGGCAUUAAUAUUUCGAGUACGAUCGGCCCAGAAGCUCGCUUUAUCCGACGGGGUACUGUUGAGACGGCUAGGUCUAUUGGUACUGCUAUACUCUGCUUAUCUCACUGUAUGGACUGCAAUGGCGCCGCCAGACAUUGAAGAGGCGAGGACAUCCGAUGACCUGAAGUUUACGCGCUGUGUAGAGAAUUGGUUUGAUUUUACGGUCAUAUUCGGUAUGUAACUGAUCAAGCAAUGGUUAAUUUCGGACGUCUUUUAUAAAUUUUUCCAUUUUAAAAGCAGUAGCGUUUAUUAUUAUUAUCAUUAUCAUUUUAUUCUUAAUAUUGAUAUGGGGCUUCGCUGCGCGCUACGAGCUCUACUUCUAACAGUGGCCAAUUAAAUCACAAAGAGCCAGAGGGAACAGAACAUAUUGUUAAUCCUUUAUUUGUUUUGUAGAACCGCACAUUCUGACCACUACAAGCGAUCUGAUAAAAUUCAGAUUCCUCACUGAGAAUAUGAUUCACACUCACGGUUUUGUUUAAAUAAAGAAAGUAGCCGUAGUUAAGAAGGUUCUGAUCUUACCGAGGUUCCUUACAAAAGCGCCAUUCUCUUUUAGCAUCAUGUAAAAAUCACGCAGCAAGCCCCAAGCGCAGAAAACCAGAGGGUGGAAGUCAAUACUGUUAUAUUAACUGGUUAAAAAAGUGUUUCGGGUCUUCUCCCAUUAAUGACGUAUGUAGGAAAAUCAAGUAAACCCAAAGUUACAUUUAACAUUUCCUCCACUGAAAAAAAAAAAAAAAAAGAUUUGUUUUAAUCAUGAUUAACGAGUGCAAACCAUUUUCAGCCGGGGACAUUGCGUUGUUGAUUUGGGGAAUGUGGCUUUGUUACAAGAUCAGAAAUGCACCGGCAGCUUAUAACGAGAGCAAGUACAUUAGCUGGGCCGUUUAUAACGCUAUGUUUGUCACCAGUUUCCUUAUGGUGGUCAGGUUUGUGCAAGACUACAUGAAAUACAUUUUGGGGUGUCCUAUUUCCUUGUAACAAAGAGAGUUACAUCACCAGACUGAAACUCCCAUAUAUCGUCAUGUAUAGUCCUCUAUGCAACGAGUCCCUCUCAAGCUUAUGCCAAAUUCCAAACCAAACGGAGAAAAGCCGCACACAAUAUUCGAAAGGCUAAACUUAAAGCAAAAGAGAUUCCAUACAGAUCUCAAAGAUUAUCAUAGUCGAAUCUACCACAUUUAUAAAUGAAUCCCCCAAGCGUUUUUCUUUUUAACUCCAAUUCACUGAUGAUCUGCCAAGUCUAACCUGAGUUUCCCUCAUUGUUCGGUUGAGCAUUUUUUCCAGUUUUGAGUUUUGUUCUUCGGCUUGAUAUAUCUCACCAGCUAGUUCAUAAGACCACAGCAACUUUUACGACUCGUUUUCGAAUCUUAGUUCUAAAUGUAAAUUUUGCUGUCGAUACCAGGAUCACAACGAAAAGAAGAACCAACCCAGACAUGAUGUAUGCUCUGGACUUUGUUCUGAUUCACAUGGACUGUUCUACUGUGUUAUUUCUCAUGUUCAUACACAAGGUAAAGUCUGUACUCGAGCCCAUUCGCUAUGAACCACCCCUUCACAGCUUAUCUCGGUUUCCAUGUUGCAUGAAGCAACAAGGAGUAUUAUUACUCCCCCCAGGUUGAGAUGCUAGUCCAUAGCUUAAAAAACCAUAGCGAAAGCUGAAGUGUGUAGCUGACUGGAUAACAUGAGCAUGCUUGGGAAAAGCCUUCUGACCCAGCGCUCUGACGGCUUCAUUGAAAAAACUUAAGGAAAAAUUUAUUUUUCUGAUUUGAGAAAAGACAAAGGAAGAGGUUUUGUAUUUGUACAAUCCAUUUUAGAUUCUCUUGUGUGCUCCCCUCCAUUGAGUCCGAGUUAGUCAUGAUUAAAUGUCCAUAGCAAGGUUACUCCCCUAUCUUGAUCAGUCAAAAAGAUGCCUCAUGCUAUACCGUAUGCAUUGUGCGUUUGUUUGGCUGAAAAAUCCACAGUACUUUAAGAAGAUACUAAAAAUUGACUUUCAGAUACAGUUUAAUUUUAACUUAAAAGCCACCAACCCUUACUGGAUAAGAACACUUUUAUUUUGUUGAAGUAAGGAAGGGCACAGGUUCAAAGACGAGGAAAGGAGGUUGUCGAGCUUUUACAGGACGUUUUUAGUCUGGGUGUCUUUUAAGUGGCCAUGAUGGCCAACUGUUAUGAGGGAUGUAAGACCACUAUGAGAUUUAUGUGUAUUUUUCCUUUUUCUAUAGUUUUUGUUGUUACGCCAAAUGCAAAGAUCAGUGAAUAACGCUGUUCCAUCAAACAGCAACAACAUGCUUGUACCAGAUGACGAAAUUGUUGUAGAACGAAUACCUUAUAAUCAAGAGGACUUGUUGAUGAAAGAAAACCAAGUAUUGAAGGUAGGACACUGACACUCCCAGCUCUAAAAUGGUCGAAGGUGCCUUGGUCAGAUGGACAGAAUGAAAGUGCGUGCGCUGACUUAAGCGAUUACUUUUUAUCGGCUCAGCCUCAUUUUUGGAUCAAUUACCCAUAAUCUGGCAUCAUACUCAUGCAAUGGUUUUUUGGACUCAAUAUUAAUUAGAAUCAAACAGCAGAAAGGAAUUGAUGAAAUAGGAACAAGCCGAAAAGAAUCAUUUUCCUGUCACAACAUCAUUUAAAACAUGUUCAAGGUCACACAAUUGAACCCUCUAUGCAAGUUAGUUUUAAAAUCUACUUCCGUCCAAUCCGAAACUAAUCGUUAGCCCAAAGCUAUUUAUCCUUUUUAGCAGGUGGCGCAAGAGUUUCUUUCUCUAAAACGAUUGAAAAUCAUGGUGAAGCAAAUGCAAUGCAAAAUCACACCAGACACUUGAGGGAAAUUGUUUUAUUUGCUCUUCUUUCUCCAUUGAGGAACGCGACUAAAUUAUUAGUCCAAGUUUACUAUGAAACAAAUAUUUGCUUCUCUGAAAAGGACGAGAUGCGGCGACUGAGUGAAAAAGUAGCUGUUCUUCAGUCUCGCCUGAUGACAGAUCACAACCAUCCAGUAGAUAACAUAACCUCUCGCCGACGACAGAGUGCUUUCACCACACUUGUUACAGAAACUGGAAGUGAUCUGAAAGCAAAACGACUGUCAUUACAGCUGCCACUAUCACAGCUGCCUAACUGCGAACGAGGCAAGGAAAAGUCCUCCAAGAAUCUAAUGCCCGACGUUAAUAAAAUUCAGGAAGCGAGUUUUCCAUUGAAGCUGAAUCGCCCAUCAUCUUCAACAUCAUCGCUCCGUUCGGUUUCCGUGCACAGCAGAGAGGUUUCCCAGAGAAACUCUUCUCUAUGA